AGUUAAAUCCUGUGGAUAAAUUUAUAAUGGCCGCACAAACAGUUUUAUUCGAUUUCACUGUGGAUCCCGUACGCACUUCCGAUCCCAAAGAAAGGCAAGAGAUUGCCAAAGUAUUACGACAUGAAUUGGAGUGUCUAUUUCCGCAAUUGGAACAGCAGUAUCAAAUGCCAAUGGAUGAUGGGUACUUUGCCGUUUUGACCGAGAACAAGGAGACCAUAAUUACGGUGCGAAUUUUUGGUCAGGGUUUGGUUACCAUCAAUUUGGAAUACUAUUUGGAAGAUGGCAAAGAGCAGCUAUUGUCAUUCGAUACCAUGCGAGCUUUGGAAUUAAUAUUACAACAAAAGUUAAAUUCAGAAAAUUCCAAAUAUUUGCCGCCUAUAAAACGUGGUGGAUAUAUUGAUAUUUACAUGACAACUUCAGAUGAACGUAUUAUCGAAUACGAUAUUGAUGCCUUGGUUUAUGAGGCACGCUCACCAUUCCAGAAAAUUCAAAUUAUGCACUCGAAAACAUUGGGCAAUAUGUUGAUAUUGGAUGAAUUGCAAAAUAUUGCUGAAUCGGACUUAAUUUACACCGAAACCCUUAUGGGCCGUGGUGUCGAAAAUUACGAAGGCAAGGAAAUUUGUAUUUUGGGCGGCGGUGAUGGUGCUCUUCUCUACGAACUAUUAAAGGAGAAACCAAAAUUUGUUGUUAUGCUGGAAAUCGAUGAAUUGGUCAUGCAAGCCUGCAACAAAUAUCUGAACAGUAUCUGUGGUGAUGUUUUGGAGAAACGCAAAGGUGAUAAUUAUGAAAUUGUCGUUGGUGAUUGCGUCGAGUAUAUGAAGAAAUUCAUUGCUGAUGGCCGUAAAUUCGAUUAUGUAUUUGGCGAUUUGACGGAUAUACCAAUUUCUGGAGCACCCAUUGGUGAAUGUUGGGAUUUCAUACGCACAAUUUUGGAGCAUUCGUUUAAAAUUUUAAAACCCGAUGGCAAAUAUUUGACCCAUGGCAAUGGCACCAGCUGUGUGGAAUCAUUGGAAUUGUUUGAGGAACAAUUGGGCUUGUUGAAGCCCAAGGUUAAGUUUACCACAUCUAAGGCGUUUGUGCCUUCAUUUAUGGAAGAAUGGCUCUUCUAUCAAGUUUCCUUGGCUUGACGAGGUGAAACGCAAGAAAUUAUGUAUUUUAACAAUUCACAGCGACGACUAAACUCAAUUA